CUGGCUGUGUUGUUUCACCUGCUGCUGUUGAAGCUGACGGGGUGAGGCCCAGUCCCAAGGUGCAAUGCCACUUGUGUCAGCAGCAUGCAUCAGCAAGAUAGCAGAAGCAGGAAGAGAGCUGGCUGGAGGACACCUGCCCCAGCUGGAAGACACGUACCCCUGAAGAUCUUGAAAGAGGCCAUCCAGCCCACGCCGCCCUUCCUGUAAACACUACACCUGGGAGCAAAGGGUGAUCAGGGGGAUAAAGCCCAGGUGACAUCCUCAUCAGACAGCAAGUGCCACAAGUUUCAUCACAAAAGUUGAGUCAACAGGUGGAUGACGGAAGAGGGGUGAAUCACAUCUGACAGGACCAGCCACUGUUGAAGCAUGAGUUCCCAGCAGCAGAAGCAGCCCUGCACCCCACCCCCUCAGCUUCAGCAGCAGCAGGUGAAACAGCCUUGCCAGCUUCCACCCCAGGAACCAUGCAUCCCCAAAACCAAGGAGCCCUGCCACCCCAAGGUGCCUGAGCCCUGCCACCCCAAGGUGCCUGAGCCCUGCCACCCCAAAGUGCCUGAGCCCUGCCAGCCCAAGGUGCCUGAGCCCUGCCCUUCAACGGUCACUCCAGCACCAGCCCAGCAGAAGAUCAAGCAGAAGUAAUGUGGUCCACAGCCAUGCCCUUGAGGAGCUGGUCACCAGAUGCUGAAU